UUUCCCGCGAAUCCCGUGGAGCAAUAUCACAUCUAUAUCAGUUACGUUACCGGUGUGGAAGAGAAACAGCUGAUACACAAAUCCAUGUUUAUACAUGAAGAAUAAUGUGAGUUGUGUUCGACAUUCUAAAAUUGUUGAGAACCACAUUUUUCAAGAUGCCUUUUACAGCCGAUGCUGCUGCUCAUCAAAUUCAAGAAAGAUUGAAAAGCAUACAUCAACUGGUUCAUGAAAUUGAAAAAGCUCGCAAUCAUUCUGAAAUCAACUUGAACAAUAUAACUAAAACUCAUGAAAAAGUCAAUCCAGAUGAGAAAAUAUCACCCUUUUAUCAACAGAAACUUAAAGGUAUUUACAGUUUGGCAGUUGUAGAUGCUCAGCAAGAAGAAGAUCUGCUGAGGAAAGCUUUGGAAAAGAUAAAUGAAAUCAGAUCUAUAAGAAAUGAAAGGAGAAUACAGGCUCGUAAUGCAGGAAACAAGGAAACGAUAAGGCGGGGAGCUUUAAUGAAAAUGCUCCUGAGCACAGCACAAACGCUACCGUUAUACAUUGGCAAAACCCCAGGUGCCAAAGCACCUCCUUUAUGCGGAGCAAUCCCAGCUGAGCCAACUUACAUAGCAAAGAUGGGUGAUAUGGUAGCUGCAUUAGUAAAAGGUUCCGAGGAGGAAGAAAACUGGAUUCUAGCUGAAGUAGUUCACUUCAAUCCUACAACAAACAAAUAUGAAGUUGAUGAUAUUGAUGAAGAACAAAAAGAUAGGCACAUUUUGUCCAGGCGAAGAGUUGUUCCAUUGCCACUUAUGAGAGCGGAUCCUGAAACAGAUCCUCAUGCUCUCUUUGCAAAAGGUUCAAUAGUCAUGGCUUUAUAUCCACAAACAACGUGUUUUUAUAAGGCUGUUGUUAAUCAUUUGCCAACAACUGCACAAGAAGAGUAUGAAGUCCUCUUUGAAGAUGCAACGUAUGCUGAUGGGUAUUCACCUCCUUUGAAUGUGCCUCAGCGUUACGUUAUUUCCAUUAAGGAAAGUAAGAAAAACAAAAGUCAGUCAUAAUUAAAAAAUAAAUGCACAAAAUGUUUGAUUGAAAAUCAAGCUUUUAGAUCUCUAAGUUAUAGUCUCCUUAGAAGAUUAUAUGAUAAAAAUUUUUUUUUUUUCUUCUCUAAUUAGUUUAUUUUGUAAUAAAAAGCUGUUAUUAUGGUCAUAAUUAUGUAUUCUUUAUUUACAUAUUCAUAGAUUACUUUUAUAACAAUAUUACAAGUAUUGAUUCUUGUGGGAUUUAUCAAAUUAUUCUGUCUUAUGCAUUUUGUACAAAUAUUUUUUUUAAUUCUUUAACAUCAGUAGAUGUUUGAAGUAUACAAUAAUCAAUACAAAAUACAUUAGACAGCAUCAAAUAUGUACAUUUAAACAAUAAAUACCAUAGUUAUACAAAUGAUAAACUUCUAUCAAAAAUCAAUUUGUUUUGUACUAAGAUAUUCUGUAAUAAAUAAUGUAUAGUCUCCAUAAUAAUUCUCAUAAUACAUUGUUGCAUGUAUGUACUUCUACUUGUUUUAUACAAAUCAAGUUGCAGGAUUAUGAUUUAAAUUCAUGAUAAUCAGUUUAACAUUUUUAGUUCUAUUUUAUCGUUGUAUAAGUUAAAAUUUCCUGGAAUAAAGCAAAGCUAUAUCAACU